ACAAAUUCUGAGAUCUGCUUUUCUUCUCCAUCAACUCCUUCCUUCCUCCUCCCUAAAUCCUGAAUUUUACUUCCUUCAUCUUCUCCGGUGAGGUUCUGCAUCUUCCUCGUAUCUUUUCCGGUCAAAUCUUGAGUUUCCGGUUACUGAAACUUCCGGACCUUAAUUGCCCUAUCGUUUCCUUUUUGCUCAACAGUCAACACAUACUCGCUCCUUACUGCUCCGUUCGCGUUCCUCAGCGCACGAAACACCAUGAAAAUCUCGUUCAACUCAUUACCAGGGAAACUAUCUUGGGAUGAAUUCGAUGAAACUCAUUUCGGAGUUGCAAUUAGAGUUUAAUAAGCGACGUGGUUAAGUUAUUCGAGACCAUGCCUGCCACAAAGAAGAGUUUGGAUUGCAGUCGGAUUGCUCAAGCAUUCAACAAGUUGUCGAAGCAAAUUGGAAAUCCAGUUGACUUCGAACUACCUGAUUGGUUUGAUAAAUGGAAGACUACACCUUACACCUAUAUAAAGCGCAACAUAUAUCUUACAAAGAAGAUUAAAAGGCGCCUUGAAGAUGAUGGUAUUUUUUGUUCCUGCACCCCAUCACCUGGUUCUACUGCAGUGUGUGGUGGUAGAGAUUGCCAUUGUGGGAUGCUACUAUCUAGCUGCUCCUCAGGCUGCAAAUGUGGGAGUUCAUGCCUCAAUAAGCCAUUCCAAAACCGACCUGUGAAGAAGUUGAAAUUAGUACAGACAGAGAAAUGUGGAGCAGGAAUUGUGACAGGUGAAAAUAUCAAGCGAGGAGAGUUCGUAAUAGAAUACGUGGGGGAAGUUAUUGAUGAUAAAACGUGUGAGGAAAGGCUUUGGAACAUGAAACACCGGGGAGAAACCAAUUUUUACUUGUGUGAAAUAAACCGUGAUAUGGUUAUUGAUGCAACAUACAAGGGGAAUAAGUCAAGAUAUAUAAACCAUAGUUGCUGCCCAAAUACUGAGAUGCAGAAAUGGAUAAUAGAUGGUGAAACAAGAAUAGGCAUUUUUGCAAAACGAGACAUAAAAAAGGGCGAGCAUCUCACCUAUGACUAUCAGUUUGUUCAAUUUGGUGCAGAUCAGGAUUGCCACUGUGGUGCAGCUGGCUGCAGGGGAAAGCUGGGGGUCAAGCCUGGUAAGCCAAAAAUGUCAUCAGAUGCACUAAAGCUAGUAGCAUGCCAGGUGACGGCAUCCUCUCCCAAAUUGAAGGCUAUUUUAUCUGGAAAAGAGGUCUAUCAAAAUGGAGUUUUGCAAGUUGGAAGAUCAAAUCAGGCUGAUAAUCGACAGCAGAUAUGCCCUCGUCGUUGCAUUGGUGAAGUGGUCAGAAUAUCUCGUCCUAUGAAUGAGAGAUGUUUUGGGACCAUUAAACACUUUGAUGUGAAUUCCAGAAGACACUCGAUCCUGUUUGAAGAUGGUGUAACGGAAGUUAUUGACAUGUCAAAAGAAGAAUGGGAACUCAUAACUUUGUGAUGUUAUAACUGGGUACCUCUAACUGAAGUUGAUAGGACUUGAUUAGGCGUAACCAGCAAAAAGAAACAAAAGGAUACUCUUGGCUGGAACGUAAAUCAGAGUCCGCCCCUUUUGCUGGGGAUUUGCCAGCAUGUUGUUGCAUUAAAAAUAAAACAUUCUCGAAUGCCCUCGGCUUCUCACACAAACGUCUUCCCUCUUCCUUGCAUGGCGUUUGAAAGUAUGUUGUUGUAUGAAAUAUAUUCUGUGUUGUCUUUCUUGAUUCUUUUCUUGGGACAAUAAAAGCACAGUCUGAACAUACUCAUUCACCGUGUUGUAUUGUACGAUCAGGGAAAACUGUAGGCUAGGUAUUCACCCAUGACAGGAAAUUUUAGCUGAUGCCAGAUAUAUUAAACCAUGACAGCCAGUUUUGGCCUUCGAGAUGACCAUGCCAAGGGCCAUAUGUUGACUGUCGCAAGCAUGGCUUGAGUAUGCUUGCUCUUAAUUCUUUUCUUUCUUUUCUAUUGAUCUUUACAUCUUGUUUGCCUUCAUGUCCCAAUGGUUGCUUGGACAUGUUAAAAGGAGUUUGAUUUGUUUUAAAUAAAAUUUCAAAUUCAAA